CAAAAAAAGAAUUUGAGAAAGCAGAAACGCGGGGGGUUCGCCUCUCCAAUUGGCUCCAAGGGGUGUGGUGUGGGAACCAAUCAGGAGCCCGGGAGCAGCUUAAAAAAGAGGGCCCAGAGAGGGGAGGGGUAAAAUGGAACUCGGCCAUCUCCCGAGCGCAAAUUGGAGCUUAUGGCUGUCGGGUACGGGAGAGCCAAGUUCUGACUAAGUCAAGUUGGAGAGUUCGAAGUUCGCCUUUAUUCCCGAGUUAGCCUCUCUUUUUGAUGGCGGGAGAUGAAAGGUGUAGGUUACGGAGCACCAAAGACCCGGCCCUCUUCGUGUGCGGUCUUUUGCGCACAUUCGACGGAACUACCACAAGUACAGCCCGAGAUGAUUUGCGCGGCAAAGAGACCAGUGAGACGGAAAGACAGCGAGAUGCGGAGUUUCGGCGUUUUUUUUGACUUUUGGGAAAUCCCAAACCGCAAAUCUGUCACAUCUCGAAAUAAGCUUGCGGCACUCGCAAAGUUGGCAACGAGAUGCUGCUCUGGUUCGGGAAUAAGGCUGUGUUUGCUUUCCCUUUGCUCCCCGAUAAGGCCCUGUGGGGAAACGCUCGUGGGCGAUCAAAGUCCCAAAGUUGACCUUGGAGUGUUGCUCAAGCUCAAAGAUGGGAAUACAAGUGGCCAACCGGAGUAUGGGGGAGGGCGUUACGGCUUUCUGGAGCUCCGUAUACUCCGUAUACUCCGGCAAAACAAAUUCCCUGUUGCCUGCUGGGAACUGCUCGACUGGAGAGAUACGAUACCUGUCGUAUGCUUGCUUGCGAACAGGUGCACGAGUGCUACAGCAUGCAAGUACAUAGGUUUACAUGAUCCUGGGCACCACUAACCUGCACGACAAAGAAGCGGUACAGUAUGCCUUGUCACGAUCCCGGAGUGCCCCACGAGAUACCAAAUGAAAGUGCCAUGGGAAAAUGAAGGGAAAAAAACAAAACAAAACAAAAAAAGGCCGAACGGCACG